AUGGCUAAAAUCAGUGGAGUUGAAAUUGAGACACUUUACGAGAAGCAGCAACUGAAGCCAGGAAAGGCGUACAAAUUCAAAUUGUGCUUGAUUGGAGACGGUGGAGUUGGUAAAACCACAUUCAUAAACAAAGUGCUUAAUGGUGUAUUCGAACGAAGAUAUAUUGCCACACAGGGAGCAGUAACAAAGGAUAUCGUUCUACACCUUGGAAACAACAGCUACGUGAACUACGAAGUGUGGGAUACGGCUGGUCAAGAGAAGUACAUUGGUCUAAGAGACGGCUACUACGUGGGGGCAGUUGCUGGCUUCUUCUUCGUGGACGUGAAUUCAAGAGAGACAUUUGGGUCACUAACUAAGCAUAUAAAGAGCUUCAUCAACGCAUGUGGCGUAGAGAAGCCUAAGCUAAUCAUAUGCGCCAAUAAGUUUGACAUUUGCAAGAAGCCAGCCUUCAUGAAGCUUAUUCCAAACUACACCAGGGGAUUUGACGUAGAAGUGUUCCAGGUCUCUGGGAAGACUGGGCUAAAUUACGAUAAGCCAUUUCUGUCUCUAUCAAGGUAUCUCUUUGAUGAUCCAACACUCACGCUCUCUGCUGACAUCAGUAUGGAGGCAUUGCCAAAUGACUACGACUUCCUGGCUACGGCAGAUGCUGCAGCAAACUUAGCCGAGGCAGAAGCAGUAGCACAAUUCAAGCCUGAGGAAUGA